AUGGAGUGGUGCUCAAGUAAUAGCUUCAUUUAUACUGUGAAUCCUGGAGAAGAGUAUUCUUUAAAACUGCUGACUCCUCAGUCAGAAGGCAGCGUUAGUAAAUAUUACCAAUCUAAAAGAAGAUGCAGCAAAACAUUCAAAACUGAUAAUGCUUUUCAUUUCUUGGUGGUCAUUAGAAAUAUGACACUUUCUUUUUGUUCUGGUAAUAAGCAACCAAGAGUAUGCAAUUGUAAAUAUUUUGAAGUUGAAGAGCCUGGUCAUAGAAAAAAGUAUUGUGGGGAAAAUAUCCCUGAGCUUUAUUUUGAGUCGAAGAGUAAUUCGCUGACUGUUGAUUUUUAUCCUUCUUUAAUGGUUCGUUUUGAUGUAACACUAAUCUUCACUGUGGACAGAAACUCGUAUAUAGUGACUGGAAACCCUGGUGAUUCUGGCAUUUUCAUUGAAACUCCUUAUUUUCCCGAGCCAUACUCAAACAAUUACAGAUCUGAAUAUUCAAUUCAGUCUCAUGAUCCAGAUGCAUAUGUCCAGUUACUGUUUCUUGAUUUUCGCAUAUCGAGAAACGCAUUCAUUGAAGUGAUUGGAAAUAAUGGGUCUCGCCCAACUCGAUUCUAUGGAGAUCUUUUUCGUCCGCCUGUUAUUAUAUCUCAAGCAAACAAGCUAUCUCUGAAGUUUGAUGCAAAGAGCAAUCCAGGUUUUAUAGGCUUCAGAGCUGAAUGCUCAUUUAUAAAAUCUGCUGGCUCAAAACAAAAAAUUUUUACAGAAUGUGGUGGUAUUGAAAAUAAACUUGGCGGCUUAAUGGUGAUCAAGCCUCAAGAAGAGGAAAAUUUUGACUGCAUAUGGCACAUAAUUCCACCUCUAUAUUCAUUUUCAAACACUGGCACUUUUUUAUCACUGAUAAUUCGCUCUUUGAAAAAUGUGGAUACUGAAACAUUCUUGGAGUUUCGUGAAGGUUUCCAUUCAAAGUCGAUUCUAGCAAAGAAAAUAAAUUGCGAUGAAUUCGUCUGCAGUAAUGGAACAAAUGAGGAAAUCAUUACAGCUUCCAGUGGUCUUUUCAUUAGGUUUAGAGGCUAUCUAAAAUUGUCAUCUGUAAUUGAAAUGACAUAUAGUAGCUACCGUAUUGGAAAUUGUACUGAAAGUGAAAUUGCAUGCAAUGAUGAUCGAUGUCUGGACUCAAAGUUAAAAUGCGAUGACAUUGAGCACUGUCCUGAUGGCAGCGAUGAAAAAUAUUGUGCAGUUCCUGAGAAAAUAGAUACACCCAAGAUAAUUGGAAAAAAGCGUUCUCUAGCUGUUGCAUCAUUUAUAUUAAUCCUUGUAGUUGGCGUUUUUGGUCUUGUUGUGCUUAUCAUCAUUAUUAUUGCUAUAGUACACAGAUGGCGCAAAAUGUUGCCUCCUGAAGACGAGCAACCAGCUCUUCCACAAGUUAUGCAAGAAAUGAGAGGUACACCUUCCGACUUUCCACCAAGAAGUCCAUUAUACCACGAUUCUCCUCCUUCUUAUGCCGACUUCAUUGAAUCGUCAGACAAGUAUCCACCUCUGUUAUACACUCAAACAGCAAAAUCUUGGGUGCCUUACAAUAGACCACAAAUGCAUACUACUAGCUUUUGUAGCCAACAUUCUUUGAAUUUAGUUGAUGGAAGUCCUACAUUUAAUCAAUUCUAUGAAGCACCACAACCGCAGCCCAGUUGCUCUUUUCAAGAUAGUCACAUGACUUGCAGUAUAAAUCACUUAUAUGUGAACAAUCAGCUGAAGAGGUCUAACUCGCUGGAUUCUAAAUUAAGUGAAAUGUGUAAAAAUGAUUCAUAUCGCCUUUUUCUUUCUAUCACUCAUUCUGUUAGUCCGGGUUCUGUGCAGCAGAAAAUACAGUAUAAUACUUUGCCUUCCAACUUUAAACCUACCUUCACUAAGAUUAUGUUGGAUGAUGAAAUGACUAAAGGUUGGGAUACGUCAGAUACCAAAUGUUUUGAAUCAAAUGCUGAUCAAAAUCAUCAUUUCUCUUGGUCCUAUAUAUCACCUCCUCUUAAAUCUGAUGUACUAACAAUACUAAAAACAAGAUGCUCAAGUGAUCCCUGUAGCAGAACAAAUUUCCAUUGUACUAUUGGAAGAGGUGGUUUGAACCAAUUCGAAGCAUAAAUGACAGUUCAAAAAAUGCAGUAAAUGUUUUUGUCUUCACAUCAAAGUACUAAGGUUAUCCCUCAUUGUUAUACAUAACAUAUUUUUUACUGUUUUCUGAGAAAUGUUAUCCACUGUAUCUUUAACAGCUAAAAAGUAUGUUAACUUUUUUUUUUUGCCAGAAAUUUUUAUAAAAUAUUUUUUUCCAUUCUAAACAUAUUGGAUUCAGAUUUAAAUUAAAUUCAAAAAAUGGAUGCAAUUUUUCCGAAGCUUGAUUAUUAAUUGGUAAGAAAAUAAGCAAAAAUAAUUAAUGUGCUCUUUUUGUAUUUUAAUGGGACAUUAAAAUUUGGAUAUGUUUUUUACUGCAUUUUUAGGAUAAAUAAUUUCUAAUGUUGAUUGUUAUUUUUUUCUAUUGAUUUGUUAUUUUUUCUAUUGAUUUAUGUUUUUUCACUUGCUAUUGAAAUAUUUCAAAAUUAAUGCCUGAAACGUGCAUUUUUCAGAACUUGCUUGAUUUGUUAUGUGAUUCAACGGAAAUAAAUGUUUACCGAAAAGUUUAAAUUGUUGCUGCUUUUUAUAAUACAGCCUUAUUUUUUUAUAACCAUUAUGCUAUGAAAAUAUUUUUGAACUUUAUGCAUAAAUUGCAUCUUUAUUGUUCAUACAGGACAUAUUACAGCUUUUAUAUUAUGUAACAUUAUUCAAUUUCAUUGUUGAUUUUAAAAGUCUACCGUUUCACCUACUUGUAAAAAUUUUUAACUAUUUUCGUUCUAUAAUUUAAAAAUUUAUAUUAAUUUAAACUCAUUUAUGAUAAAACAUAGUUACUAACAUGUGCUUAGUUUUGUGUUACAUUUUAAAGUAAUUUUGAAAGAUAUUUUGACAAAUAGUUCAAUACUUGUCAGCUAAAUUUAAAUCUAAUCUUUAUUUAAUAAGACGUGACCAUACUAAACUAUCAUUUAAAAAAAGACGUUAUAUUGUGUAAUAUUGAUUCUAAAAUCUUUCGAAAGAAUAAGAACGGAUGGAAAUGUUUCAAACAUUUGAGGAAUCAGCAACUUUAUGGGAUAGCGUUUUUUCUUUUUUUUUAUCGUUCAUUUAAUACAAACCAUCAUCAGAAUAAAAUAUAUCAUAAAAAUUUAAAUAAACUUGAAAAAAAUAUGUGUUGCGUUGGAUCUAAAAAUUAUGCUGCAAAAUUCCAUUUUUGCCGAUUAUUUAACAUUUCUAGAAGAAAUUUAAAUUUUAAGCACAGAAAUAUUUGAGUUUACACUUCAAAUUGUCACAUUUAGGUAUUGUGUUGAAGACUUAAAUUGGAUAAAACAAGUUGCUGGUUCCUACUUUGUAUGUUUUAUUAAUAAGUGUUUUCUUUCUAAUUUAAUUGUAACUAAUCCUUUGUGUGUUUCGAUAUAAGGAAUGAUUUGUGAUUGUGUUAUAUUUCAAGCUAAUAUAAAAAAUAUAUGUUGCUUUUAGAAAUUGGGACUCUUUAAAGGAAAAAAUUG